AUGUCGGGUCAGGAACAAAUAGUGACACCCUGGGAUGUUCAAGGAUCGAUUGUUGAUGGUGAAGAAGUGGGCAUCGACUACGAUCACUUAAUUAAGCAAUUUGGUACUCGAAGAAUUACUGAUGAGCAACUUGAAAGAUUUGAAAAGUUAACUGGCCAUAAGCCUCAUAUGUUAUUGAGAAGAGGCCUUUUCUUUUCUCAUCGCGAUUUUGAUUACAUUUUGGAACGUUAUGAACAGAAAAAGCCUUUCUACUUGUAUACUGGUCGAGGACCUAGCAGCGACAGUAUGCACCUUGGACACUUGAUUCCUUUCUUAUUUUGUAAAUGGCUUCAAGAUGUUUUCCAAGUUCCUAUUGUCAUUCAAAUGACUGACGACGAGAAGUUUCUGUUCAAACAAAAUUUGACCCUUGAGGAAUGUCAGCGUUUCGCUCGCGAAAAUGCCAAGGAUAUCAUCGCAUGCGGAUUUGACCCAAAAAAGACUCUCAUUUUUGCCAACACUCAAUAUGUUGGUGGUGCUUUCUAUCAAAACGUUGUUCGGAUUUCAAAGUGCAUCACUGCGAACCAAGCUAAAUCUUGCUUUGGCUUCAACGAUAGUGAUUCUAUUGGAAAAUUGCAUUUUGCUUCAAUUCAAGCAGCUCCUAGCUUUAGUAGCUCUUUCCCUAACAUUUUCAACGGUGCCAAGGAUGUUCCCUGUUUGAUUCCUUGCGCUAUUGAUCAAGAUCCUUACUUCCGUCUCACUCGUGAUGUCUCAGCUCGCCUGAAAUUUAAGAAGCCUGCCUUACUUCACAGUAGAUUCUUCCCUGCUCUUCAAGGUCCUCAGUCUAAAAUGAGUGCUAGUAAGGACAGUUCUGCCAUUUUUAUGACGGAUACUCCCAAUAAAAUCAAGAAUAAAGUUAACAAAUACGCGUUUUCUGGUGGUGGUGCUACUGUCGAAAUCCACCGUGAAAAGGGUGGAAAUCCCGAUGUUGAUGUUGCUUAUCAAUAUCUGUCUUUCUUCCUUGAUGAUGAUACAAAACUUCAAGAGCUUCGUGAUAGUUACAAGUCUGGUACUCUUCUUACCGGCCAACUAAAAGCUGAAUGCAUUAAAAUUCUUCAAGAGGUUGUAGGUAACUUCCAGGAAGCUAGAGGAAAGGUUGACGAAGCUACCUUGAAUCUUUUCAUGGAUGGAUCUCGAAAACUAGAGUGGUAA